CUACUGGAAACCUUGAAAAAGAGGAUUUGCUCAUCUGUUACCUCUAGGCAUAGACUUUAAAAGCAACAGCAGUUAAAGUCUUGGGCUCUGGAGUCUUCAGGUGGAGAAGGAAUCUUGUAAGGGACGCAUUAUAACUUCAUCCAUUAUGUGGCUCCCUGUGCUGGUGCUGUUGGGUUUGAUCUUCCUAUACAGACGAUACAGAUAUGGUUUGAUCCUGAAGAAUCUUACAGACAAAUAUGUCUUCAUCACUGGAUGUGAUUCCGGAUUUGGAAAUCUGUUGGCAAGACAGCUGGACAAGCGUGGAGUGAAGGUUCUGGCGGGUUGUCUGACAGAGAAAGGAGCUGAAGACCUAAAGAAGGAGACGUCAAGCAGAGUGCAGACAGUCACUUUGGAUGUUACCAACACUCAGAGUGUUGUUGCUGCAGUCAAGUGGGCAUCUGAUAUUGUUGGUGACCAAGGAAUCUGGGGCUUGGUAAACAAUGCAGGAAUUAGUAUACCAAGUAAUGCUACUGAAUGGAUGACAAAAGAAGAUUUCUUCAAAAUCAUAAAUGUUAACCUCCUGGGGGUUGUUGAUGUGACCAUCCAUUUCUUACCCUUGAUUCGGAAAGCUCGAGGACGAGUGGUCAAUGUAGCCAGUAUAGCAGGAAGACUGACUGUGUGUCCCGGGGGAUACUGCUUGUCCAAGUAUGGAGUGGAAUCUUUUUCAGACUCUCUAAGGCGUGAAAUGAAGGUAUUUGGGGUCAAGGUAUGCAUUAUCGAACCUGGCUUUUUUAAUACACAAAUUACAAGUGCAGAGUUGUUAAAAAAAAGUGCAAAAACCAGCUGGGACAGCACUUCAGAGGAAGUCAGAAAAAGCUAUGGAGAGGCAUUUUUUCAAAAGUGUAUGCACAUGGUCGAUGUAAUGUCCCCAUUGUGUAACAAAGACCUGUCGCUGGUCACAAACUGCAUGGAGCAUGCUCUGACUGCCGUUUACCCCUGGACACGUUACUCCGCCGGAUGGGAUGCCACGCUCUUCUACUUACCACUUUCCUAUUUACCUACAGUGAUCUCUGACUUUAUACUCACCAUUGGAAUGCCUAGACCAGCAGAUGCUAUCUGAUGAUUCUUCUGAAAUCCCACAGCUUCAUAGUUGAUAACUUUCUGAUAUUAUUUUAAUGGGGCCAUUUAUCAAACUGAUGUAAAGUAGACCUGGCUUAGUUUCCCAUAGCAACAAAUCAGAUUCCACCUUUUAUUUUGACGGCUCCUUUGGAAAAUGAAAGGCGGUUUCUGAUUGGUUGCUAUAGGCAACUAAGCCAGCUCUACUUUACAUCAGUUUGAUAAAUGACCCCAUAGGUUUUGAGAUACAGUACUAAAAAAGUAGUGAGGUCAUGUCUAAACUGCACAAGCUUGGUGUAGGAAAAUGAUCUCGGAGCAGAAUUUGUUUUAUUUUUUUAUUGUUUCAUAUGAACUUUGCAAUACUUGUGAAGUGAAAACUAUUUUCCACCCUUACAGUCGACCAAUAGUUUCCUCUGUA